UCAUAUUUGUGCGACUUUGUUUGUGUUGUGCUUUGGUUUGGGUGAGUAACAUGGUGGCAUUUCCUAGUUCUCUUACCGAUGAGGAGGAGGCUUUGCAAAAGAAAUAUGCUAAACUCAAGAAAAAGAAAAAGGCGCUGGUUGCCUUGAAGAAGCAGAGUUCAACCAACCAAACCAAUCAGAGUGGACUCAAACGAACUUUAUCAGACCAGCCCGUGGUGGACACAGCAACAGCAACUGAACAGGCAAAGAUGCUGAUCAAGUCUGGCGCCAUCAGUGCUAUUAAAUCUGAGAACAAGAACUCUGGAUUUAAAAGGUCAAGAAUGUUGGAGAUUAAACUUAAGGACCCUGAAAAAGGCCCAGCUCCAGCCUUCUUACCCUUUCAAAGAAGUGUCUCAACUGAUGAUGAGCCACCAGACGCCAAGAGAGCUCACAGGAAGUUACUCUAUGAUAGUUUUGUCAGCUCCAGUGACCGUUACCGUGACGAUGAUGAUGGAGGCGGAAUGUCGUCAAGUCGGGAAAUGGACCGGGAUCGGGAUCGGGACCGAGACCGCGACAGAGACCGAGAAAGAGACAGAGAUCGUGACCGGGACUUUGAACGGGAUCGCGAACGUGGCCGGGACAGAGAGAGAGAGAGGGAGCGAGAGAGAGGACGCGACAGGAGCCGAGACAGGAGCCGAGACAGGAGCCGAGACAGGAGCCGAGACAGGAGCCGAGACAGGAGCCGAGACAGGAGCCGAGACAGGAGCAGAGAACGAGACCGUGAUAGAGACAGAGACAGGGACGGACCAUUCAGACGCUCAGACUCGUACCCCGAGCGCAGGGGCGUCCGAAAGGGGAAUACUGUUUACGUUUAUGGCUCAGGACUCACAGAGGACAGCCUGCGCUUAGCAUUUUCUGUGCACGGAAACAUCAUUGAUCUCUCUAUGGACAACCCACGCAACUGUGCAUUUAUUACAUUUGAAAAGAUGGAGUCUGCAGACCAGGCAGUAGCUGAGUUGAACGCCAGCACAGUGGGAGAUGUCAACAUCAAAGUGAGCAUCGCCAGGAAGCAGCCAAUGUUAGAUGCAGCAACUGGAAAAUCAGUCUGGGCCUCUCUGGCGGUACAGAACAGCACAAAGGGCUCCUACCGUGACAAAAGGAACCAAGUCGUCUACAGCGAAGACUUUUUGUGAUUCAUGUUUCUCACUUACAGCAAGCUUUUUAUAUUUUUGUUCAUGUCUGUAGAGAAUCAUUUCAAAAACCAUAAUUUUUCAUUUGGUUUUCAGAUAUAUGCGCUAGUAUCGCUAGGGGAUUAAAGUGCUCAAUAAAUGUCACUCAAUAAAUCCCUGUUUUGUCACCUUGA